CUCUGAUUGGUUUCGUAAGGCAUGUGACGUAAAAAGGACGGGCCAGGGUCAACAAGAUGGCUGCGCCCAUUGUAGAAGUGCUGGAAUUGCAUUGAUAGUGCAGCUGCAACAACAUACCUAAUAUAACAGUAUAACAGGAUCCACUUUAAUUUCUUGUCCAUUUGCAUUUCUGCAAGUAUUCAUAACUGAUUUCAUCUGCCAAACAAAAAUAAAAAUGCUGCAGAGUCUCCGUUUGAUCUCAGCCAGAUAUCUGCUUCUGAAUAAAGGUCCAAAUCCAGCUUUUUGUGGUGUUAACAAGCCUUGGAUACAGAAACGUUUGUAUACACCACCUAUAGACAGAAAGAAGUUCUAUGAAAAUGUCAGCAUUACUCAUGGCGAAGGUGGAUAUGAGAUUAACUUGGAUCGCAGGAAAUUGAAGACGCCCAGUGGAAAAGUAUUUACAGUGCCCAGCGAGGCUCUAGCGAUUGCUGUUGCCACAGAAUGGGACUGUCAACGAGAUACCAUCAAAUUCUACACCAUGCACUUAACAACAUUAUGUAACACAGCCUUGGAUAACCCAACACAGAAGGACAAGAAGACUCUUAUUAGAGCGUCUCUUAAGUUUUUAGAAACAGACACAAUCUGUUACAGAGUAGAAGAACCGCCGCCGCUAGUAGCACUGCAGAAGAAUGAGUGGGAUCCAGUUCUAGAGUGGGCAGAGAAGAGAUAUGAUGUGGUGAUUGGAUCAUCCACGAGCAUUGUGGGACCCACCAUCCCAGCCCAGACUAAAGACGUAUUUAGACGCCACCUGGAGUCCUAUAACUUGUGGGCUUUAUUAGGCAUUGAGUUUACCAUUUCACAGCUGAAGUCGAUGAUCCUUACCUUGGGACUCAUUGACAAGUUCCUUACAGUAGAGCAAGCUGUUCUUCUGUCACGCUUGGAGGAAGAGUUCCAGAUCCAGCACUGGGGAAACGUCGAAUGGGCCCACGAUUAUGAACUGCAGGAGUUACGCGCUCGCACGGCAGCAGGUGUUCUGUUUGUUCUACUUUCCUCUGAAAACACAACUCUCAAACACAAGAUUUUAAAAGAAUAAAGCCCCUGGAGAAGAUCUGUUGCUAUGAAAAUUGGAGAAAAUUUCUUAACAUAUUUUGCGCCCAACUGCAUCCUUGUGAUUUGGGAUUUCCAGUUUAAACAUUCCUUGAAGUGCAGAUUUUAAAUUAAAAAAAGACUCCUAGUUUGUCAGAUAUAAUGAGCUUAGAGUAUUUGCAAUUUCAAUGCAAUUCUAGACUCUAAAACAGAAGCUGAGAUCACUUUUUCCUGCCUUUUACUGCUUUAUUAUUAAACUGACAUGGAAGACAAAAUGAAAGGGACAUAAUACACAUAUACUAAAUCACUUAAAUGUGAUGCAACAUAACUGUAUUAAGCGGACACAAAAAUAUUGCAUGUACGGAAGAUAUUUUGGCUCAAUUUCAUCUGAAUAGUUAGACAGGCUAUGGGGUUAAACACAUAGGUAAAGUACUGCUUGGGAGCCACAUUGCACUGCUGGUUCCAAAUGGAAAUUGCUGCUAAGCUAAUCAGCAGUGCUAGUUGCACAAUCAGGUCAUGAGACUAGCGUUGCUGUUUGGGUCAGUGGCAUUUUCUGCUUGUGGCCAACUGUGCUCCGUAGCUCCAAGGGGAUACUUUACAUAUGUGUUUACAUGCUUUAACGACUGUAUUUUGUUCACUAUUAUGUCCCUUUAAAUAUACAAAUAAAUGUGUUUGUACGGCUGUAUCACUGCAGCCUAUGAGAUGCCUUUACUAAGAGAUCUGUAAAGCUCUUGCUGCAGGAGACAAUGUAUUUGUAUUUAUUUAUUUUUCUUACCCAGUUUAAUCACAAAAGUAAAUUCUGUAUGGGGCAGUAUAUCAGAUAGUUUUAUCAAUUUAUAACAGUUUAUUUUAUGGUUAUUUUAUCCGGUUUAUAAACGAUGUACAACAAUAACGGAUCACUUUUCAGUACGUUAAUUAAAGGAAUACAAAACAAUUUAUUUAUUGAUACAAUGUUACAGCCAUUACAAGAAGAAAUUAAAGAAUUCUGUGCUGCAGUCUUUCCUUUAGUCUCAUAAGGUUGUGAAUAAAGAAACCAAUUUGUGAUGGUCUUUA